UCUAGUCUGGAUACGUUUCCUUAGCAACGGGUUGCCCUUGGCAACAGGAGGACGCGGGCAGGCGGGCCGGGUUUCCCGCGCGUUCCUGGGGCCUGCCUGCGGUGGGAGGCGCAGGCCCAACCAUGUCGGAGAUCCUGUGCCACUGGCUCAACCAGGAGUUGAAAGUGUCCCAGACCGUGAGUCCCAAAUCAUUUGCAAAGGCAUUUUCCAGUGGCUAUCUAAUUGGAGAAGUUUUGCACAAGUAUGAACUUCAGGAUGAUUUUGCAGAAUUUUCAGAAAAGAGGAUUUCAAGUGCCAAACUUAAUAAUUUUUCUCGCUUGGAGCCAACACUUCACCUUCUGGGUGUGCAGUUUGAUCAGAAUGUGGCCCAUGAUAUCAUCACAGAAAAGCCUGGGGUGGCCAUGAAACUCUUAUAUCAAUUAUACAUUGCUCUUCAGAGAAAGAAGAGGAGUGGACUGACUGGUGUGGAAUUGCAAACCAUGCAACCCCUGACAAACACAAAACUUCAGAACAUGAAAAGUGAGGCUUUUCGAGAUAGACUCAGAAACCUGAUACCACGUCAAACUGAUGUCAGUCUGAUGCGGGUUUCACACAGGUUUCAAGAAAAGUAUAAAUACAAGGACGAAGAUCUUGUCCACACACAUUUGAAGAAACUUGAAAAUUUUCAAAAACUCCAGGAAGAACAGAGAUCUUUUAAUAUCGAAAAGCAACGCUUGAGCAGAAGACGACAAAAUGAAAUAAUGGCCCAAAUCCAAGCAGCCAUCAUACAGAUUCCUAAGCCUGCAUCAAAUCGUACUCUGAAAGCACUCGAUGCCCAAAAAAUGAUGAAAAAGAAAAAAGAGGCAGAGGAUGUGGCCAAUGAGAUUAAGAAGUUUGAAGCUUUAAUAAAAAAGGAUCUCCAGGCAAAAGAAAGUGCAUCCAAGACUUCUUUAGAUGCAGCAGGCCAGACAACUACUGAUUUGUUAAACACUUAUUCGGAUGAUGAAUACAUUAAAAAAAUCCAAAAGCGCCUCGAAGAAGAUGCUUUUGCACGAGAGCAGAGGGAGAAAAGACGGAGGAGACUCUUAAUGGACCAGUUAAUAGCCCAUGAAGCCCAAGAGGAGGCCUAUCGGGAGGAGCAGCUGGUCAGCCGGCUGAUGCGGCAGUCCCAGCAGGAGCGCAGGAUCGCCGUGCAGCUCAUGCAUGUCCGUCAUGAAAAGGAAGUUCUAUGGCAAAACAGAAUUUUCAGAGAAAAACAGUAUGAGGAAAGACGGCUCAAAGAUUUCCAGGAUGCUCUCGAUCGAGAAGCGGCUUUGGCCAAACAAGCCAAGAUUGAUUAUGAAGAACAAGCUCUCAGAGAGAAGGAAAUGCAUGAGCAGAUUGCUGCGGAAAGAGUGCAAGCUCGUUACAAAAAGCAUUAUUCAAUAUGUGCAGAAAUUUUGGAUCAAAUACUUGAUUUGUCCACUAAAGUGGCAGACUAUCGAAUGUUGACAAAUAACCUGAUUCCAUAUAAGUUGAUGCACGAUUGGAAGGAAUUGUUUUUUAAUGGAAAGCCCAUAUAUGAGCAAGCCUCUCUUAAGCAUCUAUCAGCUAAACCCUCUACAGAACAGCUCAUAGAACUGGAGAAAAGGGACUUGCUAGAUAACAAUGAUUAUGAAGAAUAUAAGAACAUGGUUGGAGAAUGGGCCUUACCAGAAGAAAUGGUUGAUAAUAUACCACCUUCCAAUAAUCGUAUAUUGGGCCAUGUAAUUCACAGAUUAAUUGAACAUUCUCUUCCUCCUCAAGUUGAAUCAACAGCAUCUGAGUUACCUUCAUUUGCUAUAAAAGGGUGCUUGUUGGGGAAAACAUUUAGUGGAAAAACUACUGCUCUAAAGUUUCUACAAAAAUACUUUCCUAUUGAAGUACUUUCUAUUGACACUCUUGUCCAAGAAGCUAUCCAGGCAUUUCACAACAAUGAAAAGGUCAGUGGGGCCCUACAGCUUCAAAAAGCAGCUGAAGAAAAGGCUUCACCAGUUAGGCAGGAGUCUGGUGAUAGGAGCCAGAAUCUGCACAAUGUAUUGUCAGCUGAAGGAACACCAGAAACAGAAGAUGAAGCCAGACUAAGUACCAAAAAAACACCAAAAGCCGAAGAAGUUAUAGCAAGUACUAGUCUUUCUGAACUCACUACGCGUGCACAGCUUGGCGCAAAAUCAGAAAAGCUGCUGAAGAAAGGAAAGAGCAUAUCUGAUACAUUGCUAGUCAGCAUUGUGGUAAAUGCUAUUAAUCAAAUACCUAUAUACAAAGGCUGGAUCCUUGAUGGCUUUCCAAUGACAUUAAACCAAGCAAAGCUUCUGGAAGAAGCUCUCACAGGCUUCAACAGAAACCUCAUAGAACUGGAGGGAAAGAAGUCACAAAUAUCCACGUUGGCUGUUGAUCCUACAGCUUCCAGAGAAGUGCCUCUUCCCCCUUCUGCAUUUGAUUUUGUCAUGUUAUUAGAUAUUUCAGAUAAUACCUCACUGAAUCGCAUGAAUGACAUCAUGGCUGAAGCAUUUUUAAGUGAAACUCCUCAUGAAAAUAUCAGUCAGCGUGUAGCUGAUGAAAACCAAGAUAUGGAUGAAGACCAGAAUUUAAGAGACCAAAUACAGCACAGAAUUAUAGGCUUCUGGGACCACUGGCCUUCAUUGGAGCAAUGGUUUACAGAGCCAGAAGACAUUUUGAUAAAAAUCAACGCUGAAGUAGAUGAACAGUCCCUAUGCCAAAAAGUAAAGGAAAUGUUUAUGGCAGAAAUAAUGAAAAAAGAGAAUAAAGCGAAAAAAAAAUCAGAAGAAAAGGAAGCUGAGAAAAAAGAAGAAUUUUCUCUGCCUGAGGCUACACCUCCCACACCACCUGCCCCUCCUCCUUCCGAACCAGAAAAAGAGAAGGAAGCCCAUCCUCCGCAUGAGCGGUCCAAAACUCCCACUGCAAAAGGAAAACCCACAUCAGAACCCCCCCAUGGUAAUCGAGAAUCUCCUCAGGAAGGAAAAGGGAAGAAAAGUGAAACUUCACCCAAAAGAAAAGGUUCUCCUAGAGGAAAAUCGCCAGGUGGGAAGGCGCCAGUAAAGAAAUCACCCGCUGACUCCACAGAUGUGUCACCUGUUCCUGUAGUGCCACCCCCAUCUAAGCCAGGAUCAGAAGAGUGGGUGUUCGUGAAUGAACCAAUUCCUGAGGAAAUACCCUUAUUUUUAGUACCUUACUGGAAACUGAUAGAAAAUUCCUAUAUAAAUUCCAUCAAAACAGUACUCAGGCACCUGAGAGAAGGCCAGCACACCGUGCUUGCUUACUUAUAUGAUACCAGAACAGGUUUCCAGCACUUUCUAAGGCGUCCGGACCACAAGCAAAAUUUUGUGUCUCAGUGGCAGGCUGAUUUCAACUCUCUUCCUGAUGACCUGUGGGAAGAUGAGGAAACGAAGGCGGAACUGCACCAAAGAGUGAAUGAUCUACGGGACCGCCUGUGGGACAUCUGUGAUGCCCGCAAGGAAGAGGCGGAGCAGGAGCGUCUGGACAUCAUUAAUGAGAGCUGGUUGCAGGACUCAACAGGAAUAGCAAUGAACCAUUUCUUCUCCCUAAUGCAGGCAGAACUGAACCGUUUCCAGGACACAAAGAGACUCCUUCAAGAUUAUUACAGGGGAAUGGAAUGUAAAAUCCCGACAGAUGACACUAAGAGAUUUACUCGCGUCCCAUUGGUCCAACUGGAUAAUAAAGAUACUCUGGAAUUCCAGCUUAGGAUUCCCCUAGUUCCUCGAAGGUCCAUUUCUCCAGAGUCAGCUCUAUCCAAACCCAAAAUAAAAGCCAUGCUGAAGGGCAACAUUGAUUACUCACUGGAAAAUGUCGAGUUGAACUUUGAGGCUGAUGAGAAGGUGGUGAUGGACACAUGGCAGCAGGCUUCCUUAGCAGUAUCUCACAUGGUGGCUGCUGAAAUUCAUCAGAGGCUCAUGGAAGAAGAAAAGGAAAACCAGCCUGCAGACACAAAAGAAAAACCUCCUCAGACGGCUGCAAAUAAAAAAGUGAAAAAGGAGCCACCCAAGAAAAAAAGAGAGGACAAAAAAGGAAAAGGUAAAUCCCCGCCUAUGGCAGAAUCUGCUCCUGUAAUAACAGUAGAGGAGAUUGCCGAAAUGGAAAUAAAAAACGAACUGAGGCUCAGAAUAAAGGAAGAACAUCUCGCUGCCCUGAAAUUUGAAGAGAGAGCCACACAGUUCCGACUUGAGCUGAUAAAGACAAAAGCGUUGGCUUUCCUGGAAGAUUUAGUAACGAAGGCGGUUGAUGUAUACAAACUCAUGGAAAAGUGGCUCGGUGAGAGGUACUUGAAUGAAAUGGCCAGUGUGGAAAAAUUAACUGAGGUAGCUCGCUAUCACAUUGAAACAUCUACCAAAAUUCAGAAUGAGCUUUAUUUGGAUCAAGAAGACUUCUCCAUUAACGGCAAUAUCAAGGUCUUUCCAGACCCGCCUCCUCCUGUUCGUCCUCCACCUGUAGAAAAGGAGCAGAAUGGCACCCUGACCAUCGAGCAGCUUGACAACCUUCGAGAUCAGUUCUUAGAUAUAGCACCUAAAGACAGGGAUCCUCCAGAAGGCGGGUGUCGAGUCACCAAAAAGCAGAAAAGGCCUCGGAGGCUUGACCACUACCUUCCAAAGAAGAACAAUCAAUUUUUGAAAAUCUGGCUUAAAAAAUACCCAUGGCUUGCAUAUGAUGAGAUACUGAAUAUCAUGUUCUGCGGCCUGUGUCGUAAGCAUGGAGUGAGGUCAAAGGGAAAUCAAGUGAGCUUUUUUUACGGCACCGACAACUUCAGGGCUGAAUUUCUCAACGCGCAUCAUCUCAGCAAGGCUCACGCCAAGGCUUCGCUCACGGAAGCGACAAGCGGUUCUCCAGAGAGCAGAGCUCCCACGGAGCUGAUGGUGAGGGCCAUGAGCAAGGUCACCCUGGGGAGGGUGGAGAACUUGUUCCGAUCCUGCCACGCCAUCGCCAAGACCGGACGGCCCCUCGAAGAUUUCAUCUGGAUGUGCACGUUGGAUGAUAUGAAGGGCGUGGAUCUUGGGCCGGUAUUCAGAACUAACACAUCAGCCAGAACAUUUACAUAUUUUAUCGCUGAAGUAGAACGGAGAACUCUGAGAGAGAAAUUACAAACGAGUAAGUUCUUCUCCAUCAUCAGGGACGGGAUGACAGACAGUUCAGUUGAGGAGGCUGAACUUGUGUACGUGCAGUUUGCACGCGCAGGGCAGGUGCACUGCCAAAUCGUUGGGGUACAGACGGUGGAAGAGAAGGACCCCCCGGGGAUCAAAAAGGCCAUCGAGAAAACCCUGGAGAGAAAUCUUCAACUUCGGCUGGCAAACCAAGACUGGGCAAAGAAACUGGUUGGUUUCGGAAGUGACGGUGCCCCUGGCCCGGAGGGAGAGAAGAAUCGCAGGGUGGCCCUGCUUUUAAGAGACCUCCAGCCACGUGUGCUGGCCGUCUAUUGCUUUGCCCAUCGUCUUGAGCUGUCUUACAAGGCGGUGUUCCAGAGCGUUCCCCUGUACAACGACGUCACGAGCCUUCUCCACAGCCUUCACCGCUUCCAUCACAAUUCUCCCGUUCCCACAAGUUCUCUGAUAACUGCCUUCAAAAGCCUUCCCCUUCGAUCUGGGACGCCGUCUCCAGUAGAUGGCCGGAGGUGGCUUCGGGGAUUACAGGCUGCCCUCCAGAACUUUCUCAAAGGGUAUCCAGCAAUUGUCCAGCACCUGCUCUCGACAGAUGAAGGCGGAAGUGACACGAGUCAUCAGAAAGCCAAAGAACUUCUAGAUGUCCUUCUCCAAGCAGACAUUGUUAAAUUUGUCCACUUCUUGGUGGAUGUCAUUAACGUCCUAAGCCUUCUGUCCCACAUCAUUCAGAACAGAAAUUCUUCAAUUGCUGAUAUAUUUGCCACCUUAGAGUCCACGCUGGAAAUGCUCAGAAUAUAUCAAACAAGACCAGGGCCAAAAGAACGUCGGGUGGAAUCCGUCACACAUUUUCAUGGUAACUGCCUCGGAGGAAGGGGAAACAUUUCUGACGUGAGAAACAUGGUUUUAACACAUCUUAUCGAGAGGCUGCAAGGCUGUUUCAGAGAUGCUAGCCAAGAUGUGGUGAAGGCAACCACGAUUGGAAGCUUUAAACUGUGGCCUGCAAAGAUAAAGCAAGAAUUUGGAGAAAAAGAGGUGUCCAUCCUGACUGCACAUUACGAACCAAUAUUGGAAGCUGCUCAGGUGAAAAUUGAUGAAGUGGACACAGAAUGGAGCAUGUUGAAAUUAGAGAUUUACGCUAGAUUUCAGAAUAUCCGAAAACUGACCUGGGAUUUUGUGAAUUCUGUUUAUUUGCACAAGUAUCCAAACAUCCUGACCCUGGUGGACCUGGUGCUGAGCCUCCCCGCCAGUUCUGCUGAGGCAGAACGCGGCUUCAGUCAGAUGAAGCGCACCAACUCCCAAGUGCACGCCAAGGUCAAGGCUGAAGGCGUCAUAGGAAAUAAAGCAUUUGCUGACAUUCUGCUGGACUUGGUAACCUUGAACCUUGGAACAAACAACUUUCCUAGUAGUUGGAUGCACCUCACUCAACCUGAACUGCAGGAGUUAGCGUCAUUACUGGUAAUCAACUCGGAGUUGGUGGACUGGCGGAAAUUCUUAUUAGUGGCUGCGCUGCCAUGGCCCAUCCCUCUGGAGGAGGAGCUCCUGGAGACCCUGCAGCAGUUCAAGGCCGUGGAUGAGGAGCAAUUGGGCACAGUCACUUUCGAGCAGUAUCUGCAGGCUGGUCUGUGGUUUACGGGAGACAAAGAUAUAAAAAUUCCAGCAAAUCCUCUUGAACCUCUGCCAUUCAAUAGGCAAGAGCAUCUUAUAGAGUUUUUCUUUAGGCUAUUUGCAGACCACGACAAAGAUCCACCCCGGCUCGACUACACAGAGAUGCUUCUUUAUUUUGCUUGCCAUCCAGAUGGUAUGGAAGGGGUCUACAGGGCCCUCAGUGUGGCCACUGGGUCUCAUGUCUUCCAACCAAUCAAAACGCCUGUUCUUGUUGCAGAAAAGACCUCCUCUUUUAUUGAUAUGAGCCCUACUGAGGAGUAUCCUGAGCCUGAGGACAAUUUUAUAAGUGAAGAAAGGGAAUUACAAGAGGAAGGGGAGGAAAAGGAAGAAGACAUCCCUGAAAAUGCCAACACGGAAAUGAUUUCCAUGGAAACACUGCUCAAAGUGUUCCGAGGGGGAAACGACCCACAGGACACAAACAGAUUUGCCAGCUACCCAAAGACAGACAGCAUAUAUUCAGAGAAUUUCAUAAAAGUAUUUCAGGACCUAGGUUCCAAGAACCUGGAGCCCAUUGAAGUUGCUGUUCUUCUGAAGCAUCCUUUUAUUCAAGACUUGAUUCGGAGUUAUCCAGACUACAAAAUUCCUGAUAUUAAAGUAGUUCUGCAGAGGAGUGAGCACAUCCAAGGAAGUGAUGGAGAGAGUUCCCCUUCAAGACUUACCGAGGAAAAGAAAUGAGAAUGAGAGUGGCAAUGAAUCUUCCAAAUGUCAAAUGUAGACAUGACAUUUUCUGGGUAUAUUAUUGUUGUGAGUAUAAAAAUGACCCCUGCUGGGCCAUGAGGUCACUGAAAAGGGAGUCUUCCUUAACUCAGAGAAUAGCCUGCAAUAAACCUUAAAUUUCAGAGCAAAAAUUCAAAGUAAGGAGGAAUGCAUGUUAAAGCGAUUCUUAAAACAGAAGGCACCAGAACAAUACAUUCGAAAAUAAAUCUACACAUCAGUCGUGAACAGUCCCUGUGAGAAGUGUCUUCAUUAGCAGAUGCAGUGAAAAGCCCCCCAAAGCUCCACAUCAGGGCAGCGUGGCUGCAUACAGUUUGUAAUCCCUGCUCUGCACAAUCUGAGGUGUGUGUGUUUCACCAGCCAAGGAGAAGGCCGUAUUAUCCCCUCCUGCUGCAGUCCUGAGCCUGUCAUCUAUUUCAGAAUUCGUUCUUAAGAGAAUAUAUAUGUUUCUUGUAUAGAUUAAUGACUCAAAUUCAGUGAUACUGAAAGUGGUAUUUUUGUUUUGUAGCUGUUUGUUGUUGUUGUAAGUAAGCAGUAAUGUAUCCUCAGUGGCUGGGCCUCUUCAAAACACCCCUCUGGGUGCCCUUUGCUGGCCCCUCCUCUUCUACUCAGCCUUCCCUGACCACAGUCAAUCCAGAUGAGCCCUCUGUUUCUGUGACUCUGUGGGGCCAAAGUUGAAAUGUCUAUUCCCAUCUUCCUCAGAAAACCAAACUUCUCUCUUCCUGGCCAGUUUAUUGUCACAUGGAUGGCUCAUCAGCACAACAAACUACAUGUCCAAGUCAGAGAGAGGGUGGCCUUCAUGUCACCCUCUGCUCCCACCCUUAGCUGGUAUCCAUCUCAGGCAGAGUCUGGUCCAGGUCCUCUCCUUGAUCCUAUGCUUGCUACCUCUGCUCUCAUUUCCUGCUCUUCUCCCCCAGCCCAUUCUGCUUAUGUGACAAAUCUGCACUGUUGAUCCUGGAACAUGCAAGACCCACCCCCUACCUCAGGGCCUUUGCACUUGCUUUUCUCACUGCCUGGAAUUCUUUUCUUGCAAAUAUCUGCAUGGCUUGCCCCCCAACUUCCUUCAGGUCUGUGUGCAAAUAAUACUUUGUUACUAAGGUCUUCCUUCAAUACAUAAUUCAAAAUAGAAAUAAUCCAUCAUGCCCACAUAUCUCAGCCCAACUUUAAUGUUUUUGUUCUUUUGCACUUAUCAACUUCUGACAAAUUGCAUGCUUACCUUUUGUUUUGUUUUGUUUUGCCUGUCACUCCACUAGGUUCUAAGUUGCAUGAAGUAAGAGGCUUAGGAGAUGGAGAAGAAACUCAGCCAGUGAUUUCACAGUUUCAGCUUAGCUGAUUCUCAUGUAAUUCUAGUUAUUCUAGAGAGGGGAGCAGAGGACACCUGAAAAUAGAAUUCAAAUAAAUAAGGAGUUCCUAUCUUGGC